GCCUUUGAGUCUCGCCGCUCCAUCGCAUAUAUACAGCAUGUCCAGUGCUGAGAUAAGUCCAUGUCCGGUCCCACUCUCUUCCAUUGCAUGACAUCAGACGACACCGAAAUGACCCAGUUCUGUACAGUGUCUUGUACUGCUCUUCUCUCCGUAAUGCACACCUGCCGGAAUCGGCUUGGCGCUCUGAAUAUAAAUGAACUGGCCGAAUGGCUGGAUACUGACGCAAUUGUCCGACUGUAAGGAUGUUGAGAAGCAAAUUUAUGCGAACAGCUACGUGCGCGAUUAUGCUCCUCGCAGUAGCGUCUCCUCGGGGAACGCGGCGGUCGCUCACUCAACACUUCUCCCGACCUGCAGGCAAGGCGGUGGACGCAUCAAGGAUGGCCGCAACGGACUUAUAAGAGGUUGGUUAGAUGUAUCUCGAAAACUGCAGAGUGGUUCAUGAGCAGAGUCAUGGUCCUCUCCACUUCGCCUCUUGGCAAUUAAUGAGCACAUUCAGUCCAGAUCUCAAGGCGUGGAGGGCCCCCGAGCCAAACUAUCACCCC